AUGGCGACUGAGUCAGCAGUAAUGGCAGAUUUUCUUUUUGACUCCAACAACAUUAUAACCUUCUGUGAGCAUUUUGAAAAAGAAGAUCCGGAAGACCACACCGACACUUUGCUGGAAAUCAAGCUUGAGGAUCUCAAUGCACGAUGGGAAAGGUUACAACUUUCAUAUCGAAAGGUCUGCCUUACUGACGAAAAAUAUGUUCCCACCGACUUCAAAGAAGAGGCGGGUAACAAAUUCCAAUUAUGUACUGAUGGGUUUUACAUCUGCAAAUCUCACAUUCUGGAUCAGCUCAAACUUGUUCAAGGAAGCUCAUCCAAUCCAGCUAACACUUCCCAGCAAGCCAACCUAACCCGUCAUUCCAUGUCGUUCGUCGACAACGCUAUACCAUGUAUCAAGGUUCCACCAUGUGAUACCCAAAUUUUCUAUGGAAGCUAUGAGGACUGGCCCGCCUUUCGUGACAUGUUCACGGCGGUGUAUCUCAACCAUCCCAAGCUAACACAGGCACAAAAACUCUAUCACUUGCGAAACAAAACUCGCGGUAAGGCUGGCUCCAUAGUAAAGCACUACACCUUGUGCGAUGAAAAUUUCCCUCUUGCUUGGGAAGCGUUAAGAGCUCGUUUCGAAAACAAACGCAUCCUAAUCGACAAACAGCUGAAAACGCUCUUCAACUUGCCGUCUGCUAAUUCCGAGAAUAGCGAAGCGAUUCAAAGAAUCCAAAAUACCAUAAACGAUUGUCUUUCGUGCCUAAAGUCUCAAGGAGUUUCAGUUUCCGAUUGGGACCCAAUCCUAAUCUAUCUAUGUUCCACCAAGCUCCCAGAUGAGACGCUUUCACUCUGGGAACAAUCUCUGAAAUCUCGUAAAGAGCUCCCCAACUGGUCCCAAAUGGACGAAUUUCUAACCAGUCGGUACGAAGUGGUGGAGCGUUUAUACGGGUAUAAAAUUACGAAGGCGCGAAACUCAUUCCCCCAAAAAAUUCCAGCGAAGAUUCAAUCAUAUCAUUCGCAAGAACAACUUUCGUUCAAAUGUAAGCUGUGCAAUAACAGCCACACCCUUAAGUUCUGCUCUGAGUUCAAAAAACUCAACGUUCAAGAACGUACCAGGUUCGUAGAACAAAAUGGUUAUUGUACCAAUUGCUUGGCUUACAAUCAUAUUUUAAAUGAUUGCUCCAGUGCAUUCCGAUGUUUUCAUUGCAAAAAGAACCACCACACCAUGUUGCAUCCUACCUCAACUACCAAAUCGAUUCCCAAAACACCUAGUAGGAACAACAACUUCAAACCACCAAAAAAUCAACCACCUCAAGGGUCAAAGUCUUCUAAAAAUGCAACAUCUUUGCUGCUAACUCAAUCAUCCGAACCUUCAUCCAGUAAGUCAAGACAUCCGAUCUUUGACAUUACCGAAGACAAUACCCUACCUGAGGAAUCUCCUACUUCUCUAGCAGAUAAAACAUCGAAUAUCCAAGCCAAUUUUUCUACCAACAAUGAAACAACAUUGCUUCCUACAGCCCAAGUGCACAUCGAGCACUUGGGUGAAUUCUAUACCCUCAGAGCCUUAAUCGAUCAAGGUUCUCAAAAAACCUUUAUUUCUGAAAAGAUUCAAAAUCGAUUAAAACUUCCAACUAAUCGAGAAAACUUUUCUAUAACUGGUAUGGGCGGUAAGAUAGUGGAAAACGCAACUCGCGUGUGCCACAUUACUCUCGUGGCGAAACGAAAUAACAUUCGCAUCAAUACCAAAGCGAUUAUCCUCCACAAACUUACCAGUUUCCUACCGACCUUCCAAAUGAAGAAACCAGAUUUAUCCGAACUCAGGGAUCUGGACCUCGCCGAUCCAUAUUUCUUCAAACCAUCGCAGAUCGACCUAGUAAUAGGCAGCGAUCUUAUACCAGAAAUCCUACUCCCGGGAGUCAAACAUAAAAUUCUUGGUAGUCUUCUUGCGCAAAAUACCAUAUUCGGAUGGUAUCUGAGUGGGCCUUUAAAAAUCACCGAAUUUUCAACUUUUCAUACUUACGUAAUGGAAGAUACUAGCGAAAACCUCAAUUCUCAAUUAAAGCGAUUUUGGGAAUUAGAGGAAGUCUCAGAAACACAUCCACCCUCAGCCGCGGAUGAGUUUUGUGAAAAGCUUUACCAAGAUACCACUUAUCGACAAAGCGAUGGACGGUAUGUAGUUCGGCUACCCUUUAAAUCAGAGUUUCCAUCCAAGCUUGCACUCGGUCCAUCUCGGACCCAAGCGAUGAAGCAAGCCAUACGAAUGGAGCAUAUGCUCAAUAAAAAGCCUGAUCUUAAGGAAGAGUAUAGCCGUGUUUUAGAGGAAUAUUUAUCACUUGACCAUAUGAAACCCAGUUCUCCCGAUGAAAUCCACGAAAAUUCUAAUUAUCGCUCGUAUUAUCUACCCCACCAUUCCGUCGUUAAACCAGACAGUAAAUCCACCAAAGUUCGAGUGGUAUUUAACGCGUCCAAACCAUCUGCGUCUGGAGUUUCUCUUAACGACAUUCUUCAUAUCGGUCCUACCUUGCAAACAGAUCUGAUGUUCGUAAUCUUGAAUUGGCGUUUGUACAAAUACGUUUUUAACGGAGAUAUUCAAAAAAUGUACCGCCAGAUUCUGUUACACGAAGAUGAUCAACAAUAUCAACGAAUUCUCUUUCGAAGAAAAAACGACAUCAAACUCACUGAUUUCGCAUUGCAAACCGUCACUUUCGGAGUCAAUUGCGCGCCGUAUCUGGCUAUCCGCACGCUCCACCAGUUGGCCAAGGAUUCUAAAGAUUCCCAUCCUUUGGCCAAGAGAAUUCUGACUGAAGAAACGUAUGUCGAUGAUAUACUCACAGGUGGACAUGAUAUUCAAACUUGUCUUACGGCACAAUCUCAGAUAAUCAAAUGCUUGCUCUCAGCUGGGUUUCCUCUAAAGAAAUUAACAGCUAAUCAUCCAGAACUUCUUAGACAUAUUUCAACUGAAGAUUUGCUUGAUUCGGAGUUUCUGAAAAUUGAUUCCUCCAGUUCUACCAAGACUCUUGGCAUUAGAUGGAACGCUUUAAAUGACGCCUUCUCUUACUCCAUCGAGCCUAUUAAGCCAACUACAG